AUGGGCCAUCAUAGAAAGCGCAAGCAUGCGCACUACCGAGAGGGCCAAUCAUCGGAUUCAGCUUCGACAAAUGGUUUCGGAAUGGGACAGACAUUGUCGAUGCUGAAGCUGCCAGAGCUUCCCACCUUCAACCUGACGUCUUCUAACCAGGAAAUCGUCGACAACUCGAAGCAGUGCGAAAAUGAUGAUGCUACGAGCACGAACGAUGUGGCGCAACGGAAGUCGAAGAAACAAAAGGUAGACAAGAAAUCGCGACAUAAUUAUCCGACAAUUACACAUUCUCCUCACUCCCGACUAUCUACCAAAGUCAAAAUUGGCGACUUGCAGGGACUGGCAUUGUAUUUGAUAGCCGACGGUACAGCGCCGCAAUGGGUCUCUGUCAGUCACCAUAAGUCCGUAAACAAGGUUGUGACACUUAUGGUGCCAGGACUGGAGGCUGGUAUGUUCAAUGGCGAGAUCCCUUUGGGAGCAGGGCCUUCAGAAGUCGCUCCCGGAAAGAGUCUUGAGAAAGUCGAGGAAGGUGGCAGCACAGAGCAGGAAACGGAGGAAGAAGGAAAGAAUCAAAUCUCAUCGUCUCCGGAUGAUUUCUAUCCGGUAGCUCUGAGCUCUGGCAAUCUACCCGACCCUCUGAAGCCGCUGGCAGACAUGUUUCCUCAGAUUUGGCCAAUUAAGACACCAGGUGACGACCGUUACUCGCGGAUUCACUCGCCUCUACACGCGAUGAUGCUAGCACAAUUACCAAAGGCGAAAGAUGAGAAGAACAAGAAGGGACCAAAAGCCCCUAGAGAAGGAAAGUUCUGGGAAAACCAGCGUACGCCGAUAACGACCUUUCUCGCCACAGCGGAGGAACUACGAGAAAACGAAUAUCCCCUACAUCCAGCGUUACUGCCGAGCGAGCAAGACCGAGUCGAAGAAGAGGAGCGGCGGAAACGGGCUAAAGAGACGGCAGAAGACGGCUGGGUGGAUACAAGAGUGGACAAGUACGAAGAUGGUGCCGUACCGGAUGAAGAUAUCCAAAAGGGCAGCCUGACUGAAGGAAGGGAAGUGCUGGCGAUGGACUGCGAAAUGUGCAGGACAGAGGCCGGUAUUGCUCUUACGAGAGUCAGCAUUAUUGGAUGGGAUGGUGAAGUCGUCCUCGAUGAGUUGGUGAAGCCAGAAAGCCCAAUCGUCGACUACCUUACUCCAUACUCUGGUAUCACCGAGGCCAUGCUGGCUCCAGUAACGACCACGCUCAAAGACAUUCAGUCUCGACUCCUAGAAAUGUUCCACCCACGUGUUAUUCUCGUUGGCCAUUCCCUCAACUCUGAUCUCGCGGCGCUCAAAAUGACGCACCCGUUCAUCAUUGACACGGCAAUUUCAUUCCACCACCCACGUGGUCCACCACUAAAAUGCUCCCUCAAAUGGCUUGCACAAAAGUUUCUCAACCGUGAAAUCCAAAAAGGGCACGGCAGCGCCGGGCACAAUCCCAUCGAGGAUGCCCUUGCAUGUCUCGACCUCGUUAAGCAAAAAUGCGAAAAAGGAGAACGAUGGGGCACAAGCGACGCCCGGGGCGAGAGCAUUUUUAAGCGGCUCUCGCGGGCACAGCGACCAGAUGCACCGCCGAGCCCUGACGGUCGUCCCGGCGCAGCCGUCGACUGGGGCGAUCCCAGUCGCAGUUUCGGCGCGUCUGCCAAGGUUUGCAUCGGAUGCGAAACCGACGAGCAGGUCGUGCAGGGAGUCGGAACCGCAGUCAAUGGCGACCCAGACGGCAAGAUUGUCUCUGGCGGAGGCGUUGAUUUUGUCUUUGCCCGACUGCGCGAGUUAGAGGCUGUCCGGGGCUGGUGGAAUAGUGGUCCCAUUGCCAAAGCCGCAGCCGCAAGGGUGCUCAAGGAACUUGCAGACCAGGGGGUCGAGAUGCCUCAAACUCAACAACACAACCCCGCUUCUCUCUCCUCUUCUACUUCUCCUCCUACGUCAACAAUAUCUCCUGAUGCUCCUCCUCCUAUCAAUACUUCGACCUCCUCAUCAUCCCAACACCCCGCACCUGAUCUCACGAAUUCUACUCCCACAUCGUCAUCAGCUACCCCUCUUCCAUCAAAUUGCUCAGCCAAUAUGUCUUCUCUCACAUUAAACCCUGCAUCCACAUCCGCAUCGAACCUCCCCACCACCACCUCUACCGUUCCGAACCAAGACCCUAAUACAUCUUCUUCUUCUUCCACCACCGAACCCGACCCCUCCAUCGAAAUCCAAAUCACCCCCACCAUUCUCGCCGCCGCCGUGCACCGCACCGUCUCGCAUAUCCGCCAAAUAUACGACUCCCUGCCCCCUUGCACUGCUUUUAUCGUGUACUCCGGAACCGGCGACCCACACGAGGCGUCCCGUCUGCAAGCCCUCCAGCAGCAGUUCAAGCGCGAAUUCCAAAUCAAGAAGUGGGACCAAUUGAGUGUCAAGUGGACAGACACGGAGGAACAGGCGCUUCAUCGGGCCGUCCGGAAGGCUCGGGCGGGUAUUGGAUUUGUGGUUGUAAAGUAG